AUGCGAGUUCAGAUUCUUGCACCUCUUAAUGAAACAAUUACUUUGAAAACCGAAAGCAAAGCGACAAUUCUGAGUGCUAAGAGGACAAUCUCGAAAAUCACCAUGAUUCCGGUCGAAUAUCUCGAAAUUUACCUCAAUUCAACAAAACUCAAUGAUGAAGACAUAAUUGACGAAAUAUCAUCCGACCAAUCCACACCAUUUAUUUGUUCGAUUUUCGAUACUAUGCCUAAUGAAGAUAACUCUGAAGUAGAAGUACCAGCAGAUAUUGAUAAUCGAAUUCAACAACUUGUAUGUUUAGGUUUUACAACACAAACGGCAGCUUGGACGCUUAGAAAAUUUAAAUAUGAUAUUGCUAAAGCAUUGAACUAUAUUACUUCCAAUCCUACCCAAGCAAAGCCUGUUAAACAUAACUUUAGGACAUUGAAUAUAACCGAACCUGAAGAAACAGAUAUACAAUAUGAUGAUCUUAAAAAGGAGCAUCCAUUUCUUUUUGAACCAAUUCCAAGCGAUUCUCAUAUUAACGACUACAUUAAAAUAUUAAAUGAAACGUUACCUAAAGAUAUUUCACUUGAUGUCUCGGCUCUCGUGAAAGCAUUCAUUGAAAACGAUUACAACGUUUUUUCAUUAGCUCACCAAUUUCCUCAAUUUCGUGUCGGAUACCUUGAAUACGUAUUAUACUGGGUUGUUAGAACAGUUACAGAAAGAAUUUCUUCUCAAAAUAGCUGGAGCAUGGCUGAAAACAGAUUCAUUUUAGAAAUGUCGGCUUUAGGUCAUAAUUUCAGAGAAAUUGAUGCAGUAUUAUUUGUUGAAGGUCGUAACAAGAGCGAAGAUCACAGAAAUACAAUGCGUCGCACAAUGAAAAGAACUUGGAUUCUUCCGAGAUUUUUGGAGCAGUUUCCAUCAUGUGCAAACAAUCCUCCAGGUUAUACUGAUGAAGGCAUUCCUUCUUACUUACCUCCACUAAUGCCGCAAGUCGUUAAAAAGCCAAAAGUUCAAGAUGAAGAUAAAAUUAUAGAAGAAGUUCUUCAAAAUAAGGAAUAUAUCCCAUACAUCAAGAAAGAGAUGGCUAAAAUAGCCCAGAAACUUAUGUCCGAACAGAAAGAACCGAAAUUAUCAGCAAAUGAAGAAGAUGACCAACAAGCGUUGUACUUAACUGAUGAGCCACCACAGAAGUUUGAUGAGCGCCAUUCCAGAUCCAACUGGCCAACAGACGAAGACCAACUUUUACUAAAUAAAUAUUCCGAGGCCAAAGGAUUGAAAGGAAACCGCUGGGAAUAUAUCAGAAAAUUCCUUCCAAGCAGAUCCGAAAAGUCCAUUUACUCGCAUUACAGAAUUUUGAAAUACGAAAUCAAAUGCAACAAGAGACCAGAGCUGACAGUUCCACCUAACAUUGCUGAUGAAAUCUUCCGUGAAUCUACAUAUACAGAAGACCAAAAAUCUUUUAGUGAAUUAACCGAAAUGAUUGACAUCAUCGAAGCGAUCCAAGUCUACUACGAAUUGAAUGGCAACUGGAUUCUCAUCUCAAGGAGAAUGCCGCAAUUCAAAGGUGGUUACAUUGCUUAUAUUUUAUAUUAUGUUUGUACAAGUCUUAAGAAGACAAGAAGGACAAAGACAUGGUCUAUGCAAGAGCUGCGCUUUUUGCUUGAGAAAAGAGUCGAUGGACUUCCUGUUCAGGAAAUUUCAGAUUUAUUAGCAAACAAAAGUCCAAAGCAAGUAGAUACAAAGCGUACGCAGAUAUACACUACAAUAAGAACCUCACCAUAUUUGAAGCAGUUUGCCGCUUUCUUCCAGAAGUGCGAUAAAGAAGGAGCAACUUAUGAUGAUAAUGGUAUACCAUCCUAUUUAGGACCUAUGAUUGAAAGGUUCAAAUCCGAAAUUCGUGUUAUUGAAUAA